AUGGACUUCCAGGCGCUACAAAGCACACUGACGGGGGCGUGUGGCAUCUCCACUUCUUCCAAAGCGUUGGCGUUUGAUCACCACUACGAACUCCUUGACGAGAUCGGCAAGGGGGCGUACGGCACCGUGUGGAAGUGCUGCCGUCGGCAUGACGUGAUGAAGCGGCCGUAUGGAGUCAAAAUAAUCAACAAGCGACAGGCGGGCGCCAAGGGACUCAAAUGUGUGAUGGGGGAGGUAGAGACGAUGAGUCUUCUGAAUCAUCCAAACAUUGUGCGUCUCGAAGAGACGUUUCAGGACGAGGAGAAUCUGUGGAUUGUGAUGGAAUACAUGCCGGGUGGGGAGCUGCAGCGUGUGUUGCAGCGGCACAGCUCGUUUAGUGAGAGCCAAGCUCGACGCAUCACAACGCAGCUGCUUCUGGCGUUGGAGUUCAUCCACCAGAAAGGGAUCGUACAUCGCGACCUCAAGCCAGAGAACUGCCUGCUGUCGGAGGGCGAUCUCAUCUGCAAGAUAUCCGAUUUUGGAUUUGCCGCGCUUGUUGGAUCCGACCAGUGUCUCAUGUCAUUCUGCGGCACUACUGCCUUCAUGGCGCCGGAAAUAUUCGCUGACACCAACUACGGCAAGCCGGUCGACAUGUGGGCGCUUGGUGUGAUGGUGUACCUCAUGGUGAGUGGUGAGUACCCCUUCACAGGGCGUUCUCAGAAGGAAGUGACCGACGCAAUCUGUGGUGUACGGUACAACAUGAAGACAGGUCUAAUUAGUGAGGGAACACUGGCGCUGCGUGAUUUUAUAUCUAAACUACUCGAGAUUGACCCGAAUCGUCGUCUCAGUGCACGCGAUGCACUAAAGCACCCAUGGAUUAAGGUCGGUAUGGACAUGGAGGACUCUGAUGGAGAGAAUACAGAGCGGAAGAAACAUGGACUUCGACCACGUAGUAUACUUCGUGGCGUCGUCAUUGCUGUAAUGGCGGCGCACCGAUUAUGUUAUCUGCGUCGCUGCCGCAUGCUGGAAAAAAAUGCGUGUGGCAGCUGCUCGGUGCUACGCAACUUCCGUUACGCAGUCUCAGGUGUGUACGAGCCUCCGCGCCCCACCCUUGACUGCAGUGGCGUGUUUGCAAAGAACCCACACGGUGUGAGUUUUCUAUUCCCCAUGGUGGAGGUGAGUCGCACCAUCGAGGGGCUUGAUCUAAGCAGCAACAACAUCGAUAGUCUGGGUAUAUUCCAGCAGCUCGUCAAGGCAAUCGGGCACCACCCGACGCUUGUCUCGCUGAAUCUGUCGCAUAAUCCUAUCCCGGCUCUCGCUGGGCGGGGCCUUCUGCGCCUCGCACGGAGCCCACAGUCAAAGCUGGUCCAGCUAGGACUAGACGGGACGCUUAUAUCGUUCGAAACGCUUGCACAAAUCGCCACGGCUCUGAAGGAGAAGUCCUCGGUUUCCCCCGCGGUGGCGUACACGUCGCACCUCAAUUCGACUCUGCGGCACGCAGAGAACUCCUCGCCGACGCAGCUGCAAAGCAUCCGCGCCGCGGCCCCACGGCCACGGCCUGGCGCGACGCAGACGUCCCUCACACGCCCGCGCACGUCGCACAACACGACGCCACGCCUUCCCCCAAUCACUCCAUCGAGGCGCCGUGCGGAGAAAUGA